UCAGCUGAGUAGCAGCCAGCUCAAGUGUGCCGUCUAGUCUAGCCUGUGUGUAACUAAUGCAUCAGCUGUUUCCUGGCCCUAAACGGGGAGUAAUGGUAACGACUGUCGCGGGUGCUGAGAUUUCCCCAUAGCUUUUAUCACUACCUCAUUCGGAAUUCACUACCUUCCACGGUCUUGAUCUGAUGGGGACGCAGAUGCACUCCGGCGUAGAGGCUUCAUGCAACAGACUGUCAGGAAUUGGUUUAGUCGAUGCUUUUCUCUGGCGAGAGUUAUCAUAUUUAAAUAUAAACGCAUCCGUGUAUGCAUUAGAACGUUCAGUGUUUCAUGGUGAAGUACGUUUGCGCAAUUAAACGCGUGCAUUUGGCGGUCAGUGUCGGUUGGUAGUGCAUGUGCGCAAAUAAUUUACUGUACAUGCAUCUGAAAUUGCAUGCCACUAGAAAGGCAACGGAUAAAUUUAAUAUUAGUGCAGUGUAAACUUUCCUAGUGCUUUUCUUCAUUGCGGAAAACUUUCCCGUUUCCGAGGACACUUCUAGUUCAAGAUGAACCUUCUGUUUUUUACCUUUGCGAGCCUGUCUUUGGCACCGCUGGUCAGUAGUUCCGAAAUAUUGCUGAUGUGCCCUUUUCCUGCGCCAAGUCACUGGCUUUGGAUAGAACAUUUCGCUCGAGGUUUGGUCAACCGCGGACACCAUCUUACAGUUAUAACUAACCAUCCAACUAAGCAACCACAUCCAAACUAUACGGAGAUAAUAAUUAGUCCAAACUUUGAUAUUCCGGCAUAUUUUCCAAUUGAAACCAUAUUUGAGAUGAAAUAUAAUAGCUACAUUAACAAUGUGUUUAUGUGGUGGAAAGUUGGGCUCCUAACAUCUGAACAUGCAUUGAAUAAUCAAAAAGUGAAAAAUCUAAUCAGGAGCAAAAGUAAAAAGUUUGAUUUAGUAAUUAUGGAACAAUUUUUCCAUGAGAGUUUUCUUAUGUUCGGACAUAAGUUCCAAGCACCUAUUGUCACUCUAGGAACUUUCGGAUACGCUGAUAAUAUGGACAGAUCCAUGGGUAUAAUGACACCAUGGUCAUUUGUUCCACAUAUCGCCCUUCCAUACAAAGAUCGUAUGAACUUUUGGGAGCGAUGUCAUAAUGUCUUCGUUUCUGUCGUCGAUUUGAUUGGACGAAGAUGGUACUAUUUACCUGAACAACAGAAAUUGGCAGAAAAAUAUUUUAAGGAUGUCCCUGGCCCUCUACCCUCUUUGUUGAAGUUGGAAAGGAAUGUAUCUUUGAUGUUAAUCAACAGUCAUAUCAGCAUCGACGCCCCCAGACCUCGGAUGCCAGGACUAGUAGAUGUUGGUGGGAUACAUAUAAAACCAACAAAGCCUCUGCCGAAAAAUAUCAAGGAUUUCCUUGAUGGUGCAAAGCAUGGCGCAAUCUACUUCAGUUUAGGUUCAUAUGUAAGGAGCAACCAGAUGCCAAAGAAAAAGGUGAAAAUGAUUCUAGAAGCAUUUAGACAACUUCCACAACGAGUUUUGUGGAAAUAUGAAGAUUCUAGUAUAGGACCUUUGCCGGAGAAUAUCAUGAUAUCGGAAUGGAUGCCGCAAAAUGACAUUCUUGCCCAUAAGAAUUUGAAACUAUUCAUUACUCACGGGGGUAUAUUUGGUACCCAAGAAGGAAUAUUCCACGGAGUUCCCUUUUUGUUUAUGCCUCUUUUUGCAGAUCAGCAUCGAAACACUCUUAAAAGCGUUAACGAUGGUUUAGGACAAUCAAUCAACUUCGCUGACUUGACAACAGAGUUAUUGCUGGAUCGAAUAAGGAAAGUUAUCAGCAACAAAACUUACUCAGAAAAUAUGAAAAGAGCAUCGCUUGUCUUCCGGGAUAAUCUGGUACCACCCAUGGAGGAAGCUAUGUACCGUAUUGAAUACGUUAUCAGACACAAAGGCGCACCUCACACAAAGUCGGCGUCUGUCAACCUGCAGUGGUAUGAAUAUUUCCUGUUAGACGUGUUUGGUUCCUAUUUAUCGUUAGCAAUCGCACCAAUUUACAUAAUAUUGAAAUUCAUAAGUUUGACCAUGAACGCUUUAAACAGAAAAAAAGAACAAAACUUAUUUAAGAAAAAAAUAAGCUAAAACUGUGAUAGUGCGAUAUUUAUUUCGUUAGAAGCUAGAAUUGUUAUACCUGAAAGCUCAUUGGUUACCCAUUUCUGUUCAACCCUUUUGUUGUUAUUUUAUCAAGUAAGCCAUAUUACAUAAUGAGUAAAUAAUACACUCCUACAAUUGUUCUAUUUUUGUUAAUUUUAAUAAAUAUUAUCUGUUGCGUCGGGCGGUGUGGCAUGGAUUGAGAAUGAGGGGAAGUAGUAUUUGUUUAAUUUAUAGAGUUGAGCUCUUAAAAUGAUCUUAGGUAGUCAGAAAUUGUUCGUUAGUUGCUUUCUGCGCCCAGGGGCCACGUACGAGGACAUACAACGUUUAGGCCCCAUCUAUAUUUUACAUAUUUACAUGUGAAAAAUAAAUAAAUUUGUAAAUAAAUGAAUAAACAAAGUAUUUUUAGUAUGAUA